AUGGCGCCGCCACAGCGACCAAAUCAGCCGCCGCCAUCUCAGUUUCUGAGAUCCGUCGCCGUUGUUAUAGACGAAUCUGCCAGCGCUGCUGAAAUCAAAAUGAUCUCCUUUGUUAUAAAUGAGUCUGCCGGCGUUACUGAAAUCAAAUGGGCCGCCCCUGAUAAAAAGAAAUUUUGGGACGCAGUCGACAUGACUAUACCUGGGGGCAUCACGGUCAUUAGUGGCAUCAAUGAGUGUGUCAAUUUGUUUCAGUGGGCCAGAUCUGCUAUUUCAUCUCUUCGCUCCCGAUGGAGUGGCACAGAGGAGCAAACGCUUCAGGAUGAAGUACUGCACUUGCAGAGUGGCCUACUACGCCUUAGGGAUACACUUCCUGCAAUGUGCGACCUCAUUGAUCGAGCAGAGUGGAGGAUCCAUGAACAGUGCAUGGCCAAGCUCCUUCCAAAACUCAGGGAUGCAGUGUAUGAUGCUGAUGACCUUCUUGAUGAGUUUGGAUGGUAUGAGCUGAAGGUGGCCGUGGAGGGCAAUGCAAGCCAAAGCCCUUUUGUUGACUUCUUUAACAGUGUUAUUCAAGGUAGCUUCAACAAAGUGGAAGAUAUCCAGAAAAGACUGAAAAAUCUUUCUAGGCAGCUGGAGGAGAUGGGUUUGCGUGAAGAGACACCGCACUUUGAUAAAUCAGUCAGGCCAGAUACUAGCUCUUUGCCCGAUGAGACAAAAAUAUUUGGUCGUGACCUGGAGCUGAAGCAGGUGAUAGGAUUGCUUGGUGUACCUACAAAUAUUAGCGGGGCUCAUCUCAAACGCAAGAGAGCAAGUACUGUAGUGAGAGGCAUUCCUGUUUUGCCAAUAGUUGGACUUGGGGGUGUCGGAAAAACCACUUUGGCCCAACAUAUCUGCAAUCAUCAACAAGUGAAGUCUUACUUUGACUUGGUAAUUUGGAUUUGUGUCUCAGAUGACUUUGAUGUGACAAGGUUAACCAAAGAGGCCGUGCAAGCCUCUUCUGAUAAUUUGGAUUCUCUUCAACGCGCUCUUUCAAAGAAUGUGAGGAACAAAAGGUUCUUGAUUGUCCUUGAUGAUAUGUGGGAUGAUGCCUUGAAGGAAAAUGGGCUGUGUUGGAAGAGGUUUUGUGCACCUUUGAGAAAUGUGAUACAGGGAAGUAUGAUUUUGGUCACCACUAGAUCUCCAAAGGUUGCUGAUGGAGUGGGGACAAUGGAGCCCUUUAUAUUGGAUGGUUUGAAGGAUGAUGUCUUCUGGAAUUUCUUCAAACUAUGUGUGUUUGGAUCUGAGAGUUCGAACAGUGAACCUGAGCUAGAGCUCAUUGGUAGAAGCAUACUUCCUAAACUGAAAGGUUCUCCUUUAGCAGCCAAAACUCUUGGUCGCCUGUUAAAAAUGAACCUUCAUGUAACACACUGGAAUAAAAUACUAGAAAGUGAAUUGUGGGAGUUGAGACAAAAUGAGACUGAAAUUUUGCCAGCACUUCGGUUGAGCUACAUGUAUUUACCAUUCCAUUUGAAGAGAUGCUUCUCGUUCUGUGCUGUAUACCCUAAAGAUCACAAAUUUGAGAAGGACUAUUUAGCUGAAAUUUGGGUAGCAGAAGGCUUGGUUGAACCUCAAGGUGACAUUCCGAUUCAAGAUAUUGGCUGCCAGUACUUCGAAGAUCUUGUAGAACGUUCCUUCUUUCAGAAAGUUCGUGAUACUUACGGAAUACAUGACUUGCUGUAUGACAUGGCACAACUAGUUUCGGAGCAUGACUGCUUUGUCAUUAAAAAUAUGAGUGACUUCCAGAAAGUUCCUCAGGACGUUCGUCGUCUUUCAAUACUCUCUAGCACAAAAUUUGACCGUUCCACAUUGCUGAGUCUAUGCAAGCACACAAAACUCCGUACACUAUUUUGCAACAAGUCUUUAAGGAAUAAGACUGUAGCUUCUGUUGUAGUUCAUUGGUUCAAUGAACUUCGGCAUAUGCGUGUAAUCAUUUUUUCUGCCAUUGAGGAGUUACCAGAUAGUGUUGGCAACUUGAAGCAUCUCCGGUACCUGAAAAUCUCCAGAGCAUGUCCUUUCGACAGCCUUCCUUCAGCAAUUUGUUGCCUGUAUAAUUUGCAGAUUUUCAGUGCUAGCGAAUGCAAGCUAGAAAGCUUGCCCAGUGACUUCAGUAAAUUGAUCAGCUUACAGAGAUUUGAAUCAAAUGGAUUUCAAUAUGAUCAAGACUGUCCACUAAAUUUUGAUGCAGACAGUGAACGGGGACUACGAAUGAGACUGCUAAAGAAUGUGACCCAAUUUUGUGGAGAUUUGGAGAUAUGCAAUCUGAGCAUGCGAAGCAAGGAUCAUGCAGCACAGGUUGAACUAAAGAAUAAGCGAUAUCUUAAUGGCCUCACCUUGGGGUGGUCUUUAUCCACACAGGGGCACAGUGAGAUUGAAGUGCUUCAAGUUCUACAACCUUCCAUCAAUCUCAAAUCUCUGCUCCUGCGGUGUUAUCCAGGUGUAUCUCUCCCAAACUGGUUUCAGCCACAAAACUUAGCUAAUUUAACAUCACUAUCGUUGCAUAACUGUGAUGGACUCGAGAGCAAUAAUGACAGUAUUGGUACUUUCUUGGCCCUGACAGUCAUAUCCAUUUACAUGUGCAAGAAUGUAUCAAGCCUUGAACAAGUGCUACAUCCAGCUUCUGUACCAGCCAUCAAGAAAAUAACAAUUCAAUAUUGCAAUAAGUUAGUAUCAGUGCCAACUGAGAGGUUUGAGGACUUGCAUUGCCUUGAAGAAUUAUACGUGAGUGAUUGUCCAAAUAUUUACUCCUAUGGUUUGGUGGCGCCCUCCCUCGAGAGGCUCGUGCUGGGUAGUUCUGGGAAUCUUGCAGGAAAUAUAGAAUGCUCGUCCCUAGUCUGCCUUUCUUUGUCAUGUCACUGCGUGACAUCCAUCGAACCACAAAUGUGGAGUCUUCCAGCUCUACUAGAGUUGAACAUUACAGGGUGCAGAUCUCUUACAUCUAUUGGACAACCUGAACCUUUCUUCACUAACAUUUCUCGUGGCGGAGGCACCACCAGCGUGAUAUUCUCAUCUCUUACUUCCAUAACCAUUUAUGAUUGUGAGAAACUGUCAAAUAUUGAUGACCUUCUAACAGAAGAAUAUCUACCUGCUAUCGAGAGCAUUCUUGUUGGACGCUGUGGCAAGUUAAUUUCCCUAUCCAGUGAAACGUUUGGAAGUUUCCCUUUCCUGAAGGAUUUGAAAGUUCAUGAUUGCCCAAGUAUCAACUGGCAAAGUGGAUUGGCGCUCCCAUCAUCCCUCCAAAGACUCUACUUAAGGUCAUGUGGGGAUAUCUCCGCAUGGGUUCCCAGUAGCCUAGAGAACCUCGCAUCCCUUGUUUCACUGCAGAUGAUUGAAUGUCCACGUGUAGUGUCCAUUCCAGGAGAAGUUUGGAGCAGUGAUCUCACGUCACUCAAGGAAUUGAAGAUUGAGGAUUGUCCAGACCUUGUGUCAAUUGGUGGGGCAAAUGCAAUUGCAGAAAUAAAUAAUGUGUGUAUUUCUGGCUGUCCAAAGAUGAAGGAAAAUGCUUAUGUGAUGAGAGGGCGCUUCUAG